UGUUUUGAAUCAAUGUUAAAUUUUUUUGAAUUUUUUAAUGUUAUUUAGUGAUCGCGUUGGAACGAUAAUUGCAGAUCUUGCUCUUUUAGAUCCGCCUUUUUUUCCACAAACCGGCUGUAACUCCUCUAUUUUGAAUGUCAAGUCCCGGCUGAUCAUCCGCGUAGGUUUCGAGAGUGCUUGGCAGCCCAACUCCAAGUCUCACUAUUAAAUUUAAAACUUUUUAUGGCGUAAACUCAGUUAAUACACAAUUGUUUUAUUACUAACCGUCUAUCAUUCAGUUUUAACAGGUUUGACCAAACAGGUGUUAAAAAAUCCGUUUAAAAAACCAGCUAAUACCUAAAUACCUGCCGGUUUUACAGUGUGGCGGAAAUUGAUUCUGUUAAUAAUCUGCUUUUAGGCUGAUAUCGAAAUAAGCGUUUUAAUUUCGGAGGAACGCAAUAAUCAAAUUCUCCAACUUGAUAAGCUCAUUAAUGCAAGUGAUUUAAGUAGAAGGAAGCACGACUUACUAUCCCUAUAUCUACAGCUAGAGCAGUACUUUAUGGAAGAAUCCGUCAGUAAAGCAGUUGGCAUCGAUUCUACAGAAACGGCGCAACAGACUUCCAGUAUGGUGGAUGAUACAUUUUUUAUUAUCCGCAAAUGCAUAAGGCGUGCAAUAUCAAGUGGAAGCUUAGAUGGAAUUUGCGCAGUUAUAAACAUUGCAUGCGCAGUCUUGGAAAAUGAUUUUUGUGGAAUUUUACGUGGACGGUUAAAGCAGGGUUAUCCAUCAGGGUAUUUAGAUCUAACUCAAGCGUACAACGUCCUUCAAACCUCUAUUCAACAUGGCCGACUUCAACCAAGCGAUACCGAACAGAUUCGAACUGCUUUCCUUAUUGCUUUAAAUAAUGCUGAUGCAAGUACUGAGUAUGUAGAGACUUUAUGCGACAGUGCGUUAGGUGAUGUGAAAAAGGCAAUUCCAAAUAUGAACACUAAUGAACAUGGCAAAUUAGAAAGUUGUCUCUCCGGUCUCUCAUCGGUAAUUAUUAAUUUGAAAGACGUAAUGGAGUACGGCAUGCAACAGUUACGAGUCAGUGUGAUUAAGCCACGGAUUAGUCCUUGGGUUGAUUCAUUUCUUAACAUCAACCACCAGCUUAAUGAUGACGAACUGUCAGAGUAUGAAGCUGGAGAAUCUUUUGUUCAAACUUUAAUCAUGAACUUGGAUUCGUUACUUUCUUCAUUUAAGGACAGUUUGACCUCGGCCAAUUACGAUGGACUCAUAAAAAUUCUCAUAGGCGAAGUAACCGCAAGAUUUGAGAAGGUCAUUUUUAAGUCAGCAUUUAAUAGAUUAGGUGGAUUGGUGUUGGAUAAAGAAGUGCGGUCAUUAUCCGGGUACUUAACCAGCGCGACAACAUGGUCGGUCCGAGAUAAGUUUACGAGACUCUCACAAAUUGCAACCAUCUUAAACUUGGAAAAAGUUACAGAAAUAACAGACUAUUGGGGGAACCAUGAUGGGGCGCUCACAUGGAGAUUAACCCCUACUGAAGUUAGAACAAUAAUGGGUUUAAGGAUUGAUUUUAAGCAAGAGGAUAUACAGAGGCUGAAAUUGUAAAUGUUAAUUUUAUCCGAAUGUAAGUAAAUAUUAAAGACUAUUGCAAUUGUGACCGCUCGCCUGGCUCACAGUUGUUUAAAGCGCAUUUGUCCUUUUGAAAGGAAACCGGCCAACCAUUUACAGAGGAACAAAUUUAUUGCUCAUAAAACAAUCAAAUAAGCUGAAAGAAAAACAGACUACCAGGGCAGAAUUGAGGCAAAAAGCAAUCGAUAGAACGACAUCAAUAUUAAUAAUUCAAAAUCUCCUGUCGUAACUGCGAUUUACAAUAAAUGACGCACAAACACA